AUGCGGCUUACCACUUUCUUCUAUACCGCCGCUCUUGCGGUUACGGCCAUCGCGACUCCCAUCUACGGAACAAAUGGCACCAACACAACAUAUGUUGGUCCUGAGAACGGCCACCUCGUAAUCGUUGGAGGGAAUUUGCAGAGCGAGAGCAUCUACCAGCGCAUCAUCUCCCUUGCUGGCGGCCCCAAUGCAUCGAUCGUUGUGGUACCCACGGCAGGCGGCGAAGAUACAUACGACCAGAACUUUACGACCGCAGUAGCGUUCCGCAAAUAUGGUGCCACCAACGUGACGGUAUUGCAUACAUACGAUCCCGCGGUUGCUGAUACCGACGAGUUCAUUGCUCCAUUGUUGAGUGCGAAGGGCGUCUUCUUCGGUGGAGGCAGACAAUGGAGACUUGUCGAUGCCUACGCUGGCACCAAGACCGAAGCAGCGUUCCAGGACGUCCUCGAUGCUGGAGGUGUUAUCUCAGGGUCUAGUGCUGGCGCGAGUAUCAUUGGCAGUUUCCUUGCUCGUGGUGACACCGCGAACAACACUAUCAUGAUAGGUGAUCAUACUGUCGGCUUUGGAUAUUUGAAGAACUCGGCCAUCGACCAGCAUGUCCUCGUACGCAACAGGCACUUCGACAUGUUUGAGAUUCUGAACGCCUACCCGGAGUUGCUAGGAUUGGCAAUUGACGAAGACACUGCGCUGGUGGUCAACAAGAACGAGAUGGAAGUCAUCGGCAGCACGUAUGCAUUGGUAUAUGAUGGCGGUUUCUGGUCGAGGGAAGGAAGCUGGGAGAGGCCUCUACCGCCAUCCAACGCGAGGUUUUACUUCUUGCGAGAGGGCGAUAGGUAUGAUCUCGGAGCUAGAGCAGUCAUCGAGCCGGAAAGCACUGGCCGCGGCGACGAUAUGUAA